AUGAACCGUGCGAGGGAUGAUUCUGUCAUUUUAGAUUGGUUUAAUGGUCAAUUACUAUCAAAGGUUCAAUGUCUCAUUUGCGCAAGAGCCUCCAAUACCUUUGAUGAAUUCAUGUACCUCUCAGUUCCAGUUCCAGAGGAUGGCCCAUCUGACUUGAUGCAUUGCAUGAAACAGUUCUUUAAACCCGAGCGACUUUUGGGAAGUAGUCAAUGGCUGUGCCCUCGAUGCGAAGUACCCCGCGAGGCUCAAAAGACCUUCGAGAUUUGUCGUUUCCCCGAUUACCUCAUCAUUCACCUCAAAAGGUUUGCACCUCAUUCUCUUGAUAAAAAUAAAACUUGGUUUAUAUGCGUCCUUUUAACGUCUCUUUAUUGUCAUUUUUUAUAA